CCCAGCUUUCCUGCGAGACCAAACUUCCCGUUCCGGCGGCUCCGGUUCCAGGGUCCAGCCUGGACAGCCCCCAGGCCCGGACGCUGGCUCAACACCUGUGACUUCACGUGUGCGCGCUGACACACCUGUACUCACACCCAUCGCCACCUUGGGCAAGAAUCCCACACCGGCAACGCGGUGGCCACAAGCCCUCUACCCACAUCUGCGACCCUAACACCCGAAACAACAGGGCAUUCUUGUGACACCUCCCCACGUUACUGUGGUGACACCUGAGGAACACCCGAUUGUCACCCGUGACCAGACCCCUGCGGCGGAGCCAUGGCCGCGGACCCCGAGAGGGGGGGCCCGCGCGUGCUGUUCGCAGACUGGCUGCUCGGCGAGGUCAGCAGCGGCCGCUACGAGGGGCUGCAGUGGCUGGACCCGGCCCGCACAUGCUUCCGCGUGCCCUGGAAGCACUUCUCUCGGAAGGACCUGGGCGAGGCCGAUUCCCGCAUCUUCAAGGCCUGGGCUGUGGCCCGUGGCAGGUGGCCGCCCAGCGGAGGGGUUGGCGCGGUCCCCGAGGGCCCGCUCCGGGCCGGCUGGAAAACCAACUUCCGCUGUGCUCUGAGCAGCACGAGGCGCUUUGUGAUGCUGCAUGAUUACUCAGGAGACCCCAGCGACCCGCACAAAGUGUACAAGCUCUGUUCCAAUGUGGGGUGCAGAGAAGAUCCAGGCACUAACCAGGGAGACAGCAAGGCCCUUGAAGGUGCCCCAUCCACCAGGGGUGGGCUCUCUGGGCCAUGUCUGGCAGGAGAUGCUGGUGGGAGUCCAGGGCCUGAACCAGCAGGGCUGAGCCCCAUGCCCUGCGCCCCAAACCCUGUCCCGGGCCCGCCUGGCUCCUCGGAGGAUCUCCUGCUCCAGGCUCUGCAGCAGAGCCAGCUGGAGGCCGCACAGGGAGCAGACCCAGUCCCUCCAGAGGCUUCUGGUCCAGAGUUCCUUCCCGGGCAGCGAUACCUUCCAUGGGCUGUGGAGAUGGCCCCCAGGCCCAGGUCCCAGCCCCAGACAAGAGGCCCUUCCUCCUCAGAUGCAGGUCCAGCCCCAGAGACCUGGCAGCCCCCACCAGAGGUGGAGCCCUGCACCUGGCAGCCCCCACCAGAGGUGGAGCCCUGCACCUGGCAGCCCCCACCAGAGGGGCAGCCCUGCACCUGGCAGCCUCCACCAGAGGUGGAGCCCUGCACCUGGCAGCCCCCACCAGAGGGGCAGCCCUGCACCUGGCAGCCCCCACCAGAGGGGCAGCCCUGCACCUGGCAGCCCCCACCAGAGGGGCAGCCCUGCACCUGGCAGCCCCCACCAGAGGGGCAGCCCUGCACCUGGCAGCCCCCACCAGAGGGGCAGCCCUGCACCUGGCAGCCCCCACCAGAGGUGGAGCCCUGCAUCAAACCUGCCCCCAGUGCCUGCACCCAGACGGCGGGGUCCAACUGCCCACAGCUUGGUCUGCAGGCAGAGCCCAGCCUGGGGGUCUUGCAGGUGACCAUCAUGUACAAGGGCCGCACAGUGUUGCAGGAGAUGGUUGGGCGCCCAAGCUGUGUGCUCCUAUACGGCGCCCCCGGCCUCCCUGUUCAGGCCACAGAGUGUCAGCUUGUGGCCUUCCCCAGCCCCGCUGAGCUCCCCGACCAGAAGCAGCUUCGCUACACAGAAAAGCUGCUACAGCACGUGGCCCCUGGCCUGCAGCUUGAGCUCCGGGGGUCCCAGCUAUGGGCCCGGCGCCAGGGCCUGUGUCAAGUCUACUGGGAGGUAGGCAGCCCCCUGGGCUCCGACAACCCCUCCGCCCCUGCCCGCCUGCUGCCCAGGAACUGCGACACCCCUAUCUUUGACUUCCGCACCUUCUUGGAAGAGCUGGUGGAAUUCCGCGCUCGUCGGCGCCGGGGCUCCCCCCACUACACCAUCUACCUGGGCUUUGGCCAGGACCUGUCAGCCGGGAGGCCCAAGGAGAGGAGCCUGGUCCUGGUGAAGCUGGAGCCGUGGCUGUGCCAGGUGUACCUGGAGAGAGUGCAGCGGGAAGGUGUGUCCUCCCUGGACAGCGGCAGCCUGGGCCUCUGCCUGUCCACCAACAGCCUGUACGAGGACCUGGAGUACUUCCUGGAACAGUUCAUGGAGGUGGAGCAGCUAGCUGGCCUAGGCUGGCCCCAGGCCCUCCCCACCCAAUAAAGAGGACUAAGAACCA